GCACAAGGACGUGCCCAUCACUUCGCGCUCUGACGUCAGAGCUCAUUGACCAAUUGGCGAUGUUGGAACGCGGCGAGCCAUCAGCGUACUGAGACGGAGUUUUCCUUGCCUAUGCCUUCUGGUUUGGAGACCGGAAGUGUCUUUACAGUCAGCCUUGGCAACGCGUGGUGAGGGAGCUGGAUCUCCGGGUAAUGGAGGAUCUGUGUGAACGUAGUAAUGGCUGUGAAAUGGGAUUGUGCUCAUUCGAACUCUGUUCUGAGUUUGGCUGUCAGCAAAGAAAAAGUGGUUUCAUCUGGGGCAGAGGAUGGGGAACUUAUUCUUUGGAAUGAGGGAGGACUUCCGUUGGGAAAGUUACAUCUUACUGGAGGUGGCGAUGUGACCUGCAUGGCUUUUUCUCCAGUUUGCUCAACUAGACUUUAUGUCUCUCAUGGGGACUCGCUUAGUGUUAUGGAUACUAGAGCAUUUAAAGAACCAGUUGAAAAUUUCAGAGUCAACAAAGAAGAAAUCAACUGCAUUUCCGUAAAUGAAUCAGACACCUUAUUGGCAGCAGCUGAUGAUUCUGGAGCAGUUAAAGUGCUGGAUCUGCAAUCUAAGAAAGUCAGUAGGACACUGUCUAGACAUACCAAUAUUUGCUCCUCCGUUUCAUUUCGUCCCCAUCGGCCACAGAACCUUUUGUCUUGUGGACUUGACAUGCAGGUUAUACACUGGAGCAUGCAGAAAGCACGUCCGUUGUGGAUAAUUAAUCUCCAGCAGUUGUCACAUGAAAAAGGAGAUAAUCUAGCUACCCAGGGACAAAUGUUAAAUCCACCUUUGGCUCAUUCAUUGUCAGUGUCUGCUUGUGGGAACAUAUUUUGCUGUGGUGCUGAAGAUGGUAAUAUCCAAAUUUUUCAAGCUGCAGGGAAUCAAUUUGAGGAGGAAUUGUGUUUUAAAAGUCACAGUCAAGGUGUGUCUCAGGUCAAAUUUCUGGAUGAGGAAGCCUAUCCGAAUAUCUUACUAUCUGGUGGCAAUGAUGGCAGAGUGUGCCUGUGGGACAUUGAGCUAGCAAGGCAAAAGGAACCGAAAAGACCACUUGCAAAACCCCACCAGAGAAAGUCUGGAUCGUCCCACACCAAAGCCAAGCACAUGGUCAGUCAAGUGACAGACACUGCCCGGGAAGUCAUCCCAAAGCUAUGUAUUGAACAUGAGGAAAAGGUGAACUGGAUUAUUGGAGCAGAGCUUGGUGGAACCAGAAUAGUUCUAGUUGCUGAUCCAAGCAAUGCAAUAACUCUGUAUCCAUUAGGAGAGCUUUAAGGACAUGUAUUAUUCUAAUAUGUUAUGCUCUUAACUGUAUUUUCAAUGCAAAAGGAGAGCAAAUCUGUGUUUUGGAAAAGACCACUGAAGCAUAUAACUGUAUGUUGCUGUAAUUCAGGGGUAUUCAAAUGCAGACCUCCAGCUGUUAACUGUGCAUAGCUCUCUUCAACUUUUGACAUAGAAACACAGCAAAGUGAAUGGUUGGCAAAACAGCGCGGAAGUUGUAGCCAUUUAGCUGCUGGCAUUUUAUUGUCCCUUGAGGAGCUAUGCUGUGCUUUACAAAACGCUGUGGUUCGUAGAGAAAAAUAACAAAAUAUACUGAGACAAGUGUAAGUUUUCCAGGAUGCUAAGAAUUCUUAUUUUUACUUGUCGAUUAAAUCUACAGAACUACUUUUUGAAGCUGCACUUUCUAUUGCCUUGUAAUAUACAAAACACUGACGUUUUUGUUUUAAUUUUUUUUGCACUAAGCUAUUUUGAGGGCUUGUAAAAACAAGACUAUUUUGCCAUAACCGGUCUUAAGAAAUGUCUUUGAAAACCAGUUUUACUUGGGGGUUACUAACUAUUAUCUGUUAAUAUUUUGUGAUAGCAAGCUUAUUUGUGUGUAUCUUUAAUACCGGUCAUGCAAAUAACUUUCAGAAGAAGAAGAAAAAAAGAUUGCCUUAGCCGUAUUUUGCAUGGCUUGAUUGCACAUCUAUACUGCUACAUAGUUUAACAGAUGUCUAAAAAAUAAGGUUAAACCUGUUCUAACAAGUUUCCUUUUGUCUGUAGCAGAUAAAACCUGUUAAAAAAACUCACAAAUGAGUGUAAGUUGUCCAUCUUUCCUUACUUUUUUAGAUAUUAUCAAAAAAUGCUAUUUUAUGUUUGUGUUAACAUUUAUUAAUAACCCCCAGCAUGGAACAGCUGUGUGCACAUUCUAACUGACCACAAAUGACAUGAUUGGUUGCACAUACGUUCUAGCAUGUUAUGACAGCAUAGCAGUAGUAAAGCCCAAUAUGUAUAGGUUAAAGAAACACUUCAAGCACCAUAAUGCGCUGUGGUGCCAGUUGUGUCCUGUUGAUCUGUCAGAGUAUGUAGUCAAACAGUUUAGAAAUGGUUUGACAACUUACACUUGCACUGUUCACAACCUCUAGGAUAGGUGGAAGCUCCUAGCUGAACUAGUAGAACACGUAACAUGUGAAAGUCAUCGUUAAAUCUCAAUAUACAUGUAAAAUAAGGUAAACACAACAGUUAAAACUUGGCUAAAAUUGGUGAUGAAAAGAUUCAAAAUGUUCCUUAAUUAAGUUAUUUGAAGACCAUAUUCCAUGACUGUGGUAAAAUGCAGUUGGGGGCUGCUAUUU